GCGCAGCCGCCGCCAAAGCCCGGAGAAGUGGAAUGCCGCCGCCGCUGCCGGCGCGGGCCCGGCGGAGCCGCACUGGGCAUGCUCAGUCGCCGCGGCCGUCCUGACCGCAAGUAGGAAGCUAGCGCGCUGCGCCCGCCGCCGGCCCGAUCCCGGCGCUCCGCGGAGGAGGGCGCGACUGGAGCGCAGCCGCCGGGCGCCGGAGCCGAGGCGAGGACCGCGCGCACCCCCGGUUGGAGCUGUGGUGGGUGAGCUGCUGCGUCCAUAGCCAAGCAUGCUGUGGUCGGACCUGCCCAGAUGUGGAACAGAAGCAUUUGCCGGAUGGAAAAUCCAUAAAAGAAAGCUGCUGUGAGAGCCUGAGACAGACCAUAACUUAAAGCGAGACCAGACACACCUGGGCUGCCUGACCUCACUGAGCGAUUGCUGUUAAUUCACAAGACGUUGUGGGAGAAGGGAACUUGCCUUUUGAGCUUUGUACCAAAGAUCGGGGAAAACGAACCCUCUCAGUCUUCCCGAGUCCUGGAGACUCCCGAGGCCCCUGCAAUGUGCUGACUGGUCGCUAUGGGCAGACGGUACCCGGAGGCUCACUGUCAUCCAGGCAGCUCAUAUUUCACAUUAUAACCCAUUUCCUGCUCGAUUGCUGACGUCCAGCGACCCAUGUCAGAAGUACUUCCAGCUGCCUCGGGUGUGGACACUCUGGCGGUGUUUAUGGCCAGCAGCGGCACCACGGAUGCCACGCAUCGGAACGGCCCGGUCACCCCACCCAACACCCUCCAUCUCCGCUCCUCCCACAAUGAGCAGCUGAACGCCGAGAUCAAGCACACGGGAGCCAAGGACAACACCCCCCCCAAAUGCAGGAAGAAGUAUGCCCUGACGAACAUCCAGGCCGCCAUGGGCCUCUCCGACCCCGCCGCCCAGCCUCUGCUGGGCACCGGCUCGGCCAACAUCAAGCUGGUGAAGAACGGGGAGAACCAGCUGCGGAAGGCCGCCGAGCAGGGGCAGCAGGACCCCAACAAGAACGCCAGCCCCGCCGCCGUCAUCAACAUCACUUCGGAGAAGUUAGAGGGCAAAGAGCCCCAGCCGCAGGGUUCCCCGGGCUGUGACCUCUUACCCUCCCAACCCAGGAGAACCAAGAGCUUCCUCAACUACUAUGCAGACCUGGAGACCUCCACCAGGGAGCUGGAGCUGGAGCCGGCCCCGGGCAGCCAGCUCGGGGGCGGGGAGGUGGAGAAGGCCCCGCUGGGCCAGGGCCAGGCCUCCCCCGGCGUCAUCGGGAACGGGGACACGCUGCCGCAGAAACCAAACAAGUCCCAGGUCAGCCCCGAAGAUGGCCCGGUCGCCACCGUGUCGUCCAGCCCCGAGACCAAGAAGGACCAUCCGAAGACGGGUGCCAAGACGGACUGCGCCCUGCACCGCAUCCAGAACCUGGCGCCCAGCGACGAGGAGUCGAGCUGGACCACCCUGUCCCACGACAGCGCCUCGCCCAGCUCCCCGGACGAAGCAGCAGAUGUAUGGAGUGAUCACUCAUUUCAGACUGACCCGGAUUUGCCUCCCGGCUGGAAAAGAGUCAACGACAUCGCCGGGACCUAUUACUGGCACAUACCAACAGGAACGACGCAGUGGGAGCGCCCUGUCUCCGCCCCAUCGGACCUUCAGGGGUCGAGGAAAGGCUCGCUUAGUUCUGUAACGCCAUCUCCCACCCCAGAGAGCGAGAAACAGCCAUGGAGUGAUUUUGCUGUUCUGAAUGGGGGAAAGAUUAAUAGUGACAUUUGGAAGGACCUGCACGCGGCCACCGUGAACCCGGACCCCAGUCUCAAAGAGUUUGAAGGAGCCACACUGCGCUACGCAUCUUUGAAACUCAGAAACGCCCCUCAUGCUGAGGAUGACGAUUCUUGUAGUAUCAACAGUGACCCAGAAGCGAAGUGUUUUGCUGUGCGCUCCCUGGGAUGGGUGGAAAUGGCAGAGGAGGACCUGGCCCCCGGGAAAAGCAGCGUUGCCGUCAACAACUGCAUCAGGCAGCUCUCCUACUGCAAAAACGACAUCCGGGACACGGUCGGCAUUUGGGGAGAGGGCAAGGACAUGUACCUGAUCCUGGAGAACGACACGCUCAGCCUGGUGGACCCCAUGGACCGCACGGUGCUGCACUCGCAGCCCAUCGUGAGCAUCCGCGUGUGGGGCGUGGGCCGCGACAACGGCCGAGAGAGAGAUUUUGCUUAUGUAGCAAGAGACAGAGAUACACGGAUCUUGAAAUGUCAUGUAUUUCGAUGUGACACACCAGCAAAAGCCAUCGCCACAAGUCUCCACGAGAUCUGUUCCAAGAUUAUGGCCGAACGGAAGAAUGCCAAAGCCCUGGCCUGCAGCUCCCUACAGGAAAGAACCAAUGUGAAUCUCGACGUCCCCUUGCAAGUAGAUUUCCCGACACCAAAGACCGAGCUGGUGCAGAAGUUCCACGUGCAGUACCUGGGCAUGUUACCUGUGGACAAGCCAGUCGGAAUGGACACCCUGAACAAUGCCAUAGAAAGUCUAAUGACCUCGUCCAGCCAGGAGGACUGGCCGUCCGUGAACAUGAGCGUGGCCGAUGCCACUGUGACGGUCAUCAGUGAGAAGGACGAAGAGGAAGUCCUAGUGGAGUGCCGCGUGCGGUUCCUGUCCUUCAUGGGCGUCGGGAAGGACAUCCAUACGUUUGCCUUCAUCAUGGACACGGGGAACCAGCGCUUCGAGUGCCACGUGUUCUGGUGCGAGCCCAACGCCGCGAACGUGUCCGAGGCGGUGCAGGCCGCCUGCAUGCUGCGAUACCAGAAGUGCUUGGUCGCCAGGCCGCCCUCCCAGAAGGUCCGGCCGCCGCCGCCGCCCGCGGACUCGGUGACCAGACGGGUCACGACCAACGUGAAGCGCGGGGUCUUAUCCCUCAUUGACACUUUGAAACAGAAGCGCCCCGUCACGGAAACGCCGUAGCUGCUGAAGGAUGCCCAAGGGCCCCGCCAUCUCUCUCUCUCCCCCAAGACCCAACGGCCACCCCGAAGAACACGGACUGUCCCCGGCCUUCCGUUCGGUCGCUGAUGCUUUGUCUUCAGAAAACGUCUCCUUCGCCGAACAGUGUUAGACAAGCAUGUUCUCUCGUCUUGCCACCAUCACGUGAUAAUGAAAAGAAGCAUGACUAAUUUUUUUGCUGUAAGUUACAUCGCGAGCCGUGGAAGGUCUUUUUCUUAUUGUACAUAUCGUGAACAUGAUUAACUUCACACACACACGCGCACACACACACAC